AUGUCUAAAGGAAACAAUAAUACAAAAAAGCAGAAAAGUGAAACAGAUUUAAGUAAUGAAGAUGCAGCAUAUGCAGCAAUCUUUGAGGGUGACUUUGGUUCUUUAGAUAUCGGAACUUAUAUUGAUUCCGACAAAAAAGAAGGUGCAACUCAGCAUCUUCCUGAUGCUGUUGAUUUCGAAGAUGAGGAUGAAUUAGCAGAGGAAGAACUCACAGAGGAAUCGUUUUCUAAUAAUAAUGAAGUUAUAAUGCAUAAUCAAGUUUCAAUGAAAGGAUUACCGCUAGGAAAAGAGGGAACUAUGGAAUUUUCAACGAAUGAUAAUGCAUUGGAUAUAGGCGAAGCAUAUUUUGAUGGUCCAGGUAAUGAAGAAUAUUACAAUGUUCUACCACAGGACAAUAAUUCAAUUAUGGAAAGAAAUAUUUCAGUCGAUGAAUAUCAAGGUGGAAAUAAUGCCCUGUUUAUGGAAGACAACAGAAAUGCAGUAUAUAUGGAUCAUCAACAGCAGUACACGCCUGUAUUCGAAGAUGAAUAUAGACCGGAAAUUGAAGAACAAACAAAGCAACAAGCGGCUGGAAUCUCAGUCAAAGAAGAAAAACAGCUACUUAAGAAUUAUUUCCCUGAUUAUGAAAAAGGAAAAAUAUUAAAAUGGAACAAACUUAUUUAUAGAAAACUAGGAAAAUACAACUGGCAGAGAGAAACUUUGUUAAAAGAUAGAGAAAUAAGACCAUUGAUACCUUUAAAUUUAAAAAUUCAGGUUCAACCUGAUCAAAGAAGAACAUUUAAAAACUUUUCUGAUAGUUUGCAUACAAAUAUUACUAACAAUCCGUUGUCUAACAACAAUAAUAUAAAUAAAGGAAGAGAAAAAGGUAUAAUAAAAGCAACUAUGCAACAACUCCUUGUAUCUGAAAAGAAAACAGAUAAAACAGACAAGAAUCAUUACACACUUUCUGAAGAAUUAUUAAUUGCUACAGAUGAGUGGGACCAAGAGAAAUUUAUUAACGGUAACGAACUACCUAAUGCAAAAGAAAAUUCUUCAGAAAAUGCAGUAUACAGAAAACUUGAUGGUUGGGAAUGGAAUGAAGAAGAUUUAGUGAAUGCAGUAUUGCCUAUGGCAAAGGUCGCUCAAUUAGAUAUGAAUGAUGAAAAAUUGUUAUUAGUAGGAGAUACUAAAAAUGAUAAUCAAAAGCAAGAAAUACCAUUACCUCUAUCUGAUAAAGCUCUCUUGGAAAAGUUCAAUAUUUCAAACGAUGAACAAUACUCUAUCUUGAAGAAAAAGCAUCAAACAAGAGUACGUGCCACUAUUUCGAAUCUGAAUAUAGAACAUUCUUUACCAGCAAUCAAAUUACAAACUCCAUAUUACAAAGUAUCUAUUCCUAGAGAUGAACUAAGACACUUUCACAGGCCAAACUUUGGUUCUAAAAUUCGUCCAGGUACAAAUAUUGUUUUCAGUAAAUUGAAAAACAGAAAGAGAAAAAGAGACAAAGGUAAAGAUAUUAAAGAUUCAUUUGCAUUAUCACAAGAUUUAACAAUAGGUGAUUCUGCUCCAAUAUAUUUAAUGGAAUAUUCCGAAGAAAGGCCCCUUGCAUUAUCUAAGUUUGGUAUGACAAGCAAAUUAAUCAAUUACUACAGAAAAACUGAUGAGCAAGACACAACACGCCCAAAAUUACAAGUUGGUGAAACACACGUUUUGGGUGUUCAAGACAAAUCCCCAUUUUGGAAUUUUGGUUUUGUUGAACCUGGUCAUAUUGUGCCAACACUAUAUAAUAACAUGAUAAGAGCACCAGUAUUUAAACAUGAGGUAUCCGGAACAGAUUUUCUUCUAAUUAAAAGUUCUGGAUGUGGUGCCGGUAAUAGGUUUUUCUUAAGAGGUAUUAAUCAUCUAUUCACAGUUGGUCAAACCUUCCCUGUGGAUGAAAUACCUGGUCCAAAUUCAAGAAAAGUGACGUCUAUGAGAAUGACAAGAAUGAAAAUGAUUGUUUACCGUAUUUUAAAUAAAACUCCAAAAAGGGCAAUAUCAUUAGAUCCUAUCGCUCGGCACUUUCCUGAUCAAGAUUAUGGGCAAAAUAGACAGAAAGUCAAAGAAUUUAUGAAAUAUCAAAGAGAGGGUCCUGAAAAAGGUCUCUGGAAAUUGAAAGAAGGAGAACCCAUGCUGGAUAAUAUAAAUGCUAGAAAACUAAUUACUCCUGAACAAGUUGCUGAAGUUGAAUCUUUAAAUCAAGAUAUUGCGUUCAAAGAAGAUAACGAAUUGUUCAACCUAGAUGAAAAAUUAGUAAAACUAGAAGAAAACUUAUUAAGUUGGAAUAUAAGCAAGAAUUUUGUCAAUGCUACACAAAUGAGAGCUAUGGUACAAAUUAACGGUAUUGGUGAUCCUACUGGUUGUAAUGAAGGUUUUUCAUUCUUAAAGACAUCAAUGAAAGGUGGAUUUUUAAAGAAUAGAACAAAAAAUGAUACAAAUACGGCUUCAUCAUCUUCUUUAGCUAGUGGACAUACUUACAAUGUUGCACAACAGCAAAAAAUAUAUACUGAAGAAAUCAGGAAGAAAUGGUAUAUAGCAGCAAAAAGUCUAAGUAUAUCAAAUCCUUUUGAAGAAAUGACUGACCCAGAUGAAGUAAAUGCAACCAAUAAACAUGUCCGUAACGUGAGGGAGGAUAAAAAAGUCUUAAGAAUUAUCAGGAAAGAAAGGGAUGAAAAUGGCAUAAUCCAAAGGAAAACUAUUGUUAUUAAAGAUCCAAGAGUGAUAAAAGGUUACUUAAAGGGUAAAGAACUAAGAAGUCAAACCAAAAUUGAUGUGAACUCAAUCUUGAAGGAAGAAAUCGAUGUUAAUAAUAUUGAAGGUAUUGAACUUCAAAAGAAAUUGUUACAAAAUGAGUUAGCAAACUUAGAAAAAUCACAACACAGACGUCGUGCUUUGAAACAAAAAAGUAUAGAAAAUAAAGAAAAUGGUUUAGAAGGCGGUGCAAAAGGUAGAAACAGAAGACGUAGAUGUACAACCUGUGGCCAGUUGGGACAUAUCAGAACGAAUAAAUCCUGUCCAAUGUAUAAUGGUAUUGAUGCAGUUAUGAAUCCAUCUCAACAGCCAAAUCCAACAACCUCAACUACAAAUAUCCCAGCAAUCAAUGAGCAAUGA